UGCGGCCAUGGAAACCAUUUUACAAAGUUGGGCAACAAAGAGUAUUGGCUCCACAUUUGCUUUUAGACAAAAGAUCAAGGGAUCAGAGAGCAACUUUCAAUGGGCUUAAUGGCAUAGAGAUAGAAAAAGUGGGGUAUGAAAUAUAUGCAGAGGGACCCACCCGUGUUCUGCGGAUUUGCGAGAUCUCUGAUUGUUUCAAGGGAGAUAGAGUUCUUGAUUUGUGCGCAAAAAUGCAAUUGAGAAUUUCUCUGUUUGCUAUCCAUCUACUUGAACCUGCAAAACAGGAGGUGGAUGACAAUGAUCCCACAGAUUUUUCACCAAUUGCGGUGGCAAAGUUUGGGAAUCUCAACUUGAGUACUGUUUCUAAUAAUCAUCAGAAAUAUAAUCUGUUCAGUAUGCAGUACUUGAAUUUGGAACUUAAGUGGAAUGGGGCUCCUUUUGCAUCAAUGCUUCGCAGGCAUCAAUCUGAUUACAAUGAUUCAAAUGAUAGUGUACUGAAGGUUGUUUUUGUCCAACUUACCUCCAGUUCGAAGAUUAAGCAAUUUAGAUAUUCAUCUAUUUUUCUUCAGCCAAUUGAUUUGAACCUUGAUGAGGAGACAUUAAUGAAACUUGCUUCAUUUUGGAGAAGAUCUCUCAGUGACUCAGAGAGUCAGCGAUUUUACUUUGAUCAUUUUGAAAUCCAUCCAAUAAAGAUCACUGCAAGCUUUAUUCCUGGGGAUUCACUUGCAAGUUAUAGUUCAGCACAGGAAACUCUCAGGUCUUUAAUUCAUAGUGUAAUUAAGGUGCCUCCCAUGAAAGGUAUGGUUGUAGAACUGAAUGGCAUCCUGAUUAGCCAUGCUUUGAUAACACUGCGUGAGCUAAUCAUCAAAUGUGCACAGCAUUAUUCUUGGUAUGCUAUGAGGGCCAUAUAUAUUGCUAAAGGAAGCCCUUUGCUUCCACCCGAUUUUGUUUCUAUUUUUGAUGAUUUGGCUUCAUCCUCUCUUGAUGUCUUCUUUGACCCAUCUCGUGGGUUGAUGAAUCUUCCAGGAUUGACGUUAGGUACUUUCAAAUUAAUCAGUAAAUGUAUCAAAGGUGAAGGUUUUUCAGGGACAAGACGCUACUUUGGCGACCUUGGAAAAACAUUGAGGUCCGCCGGUUCUAAUGUAGCUUUUACAGCUGUAGCUGAAAUAUCAGACUCUGUUCUUAAAGGAGCUGAAGCAAAUGGUUUCAACGGAAUGGUGAGCGGGUUUCAUCAAGGAAUACUAAAAUUGGCUAUGGAGCCAUCAUUUCUGGGAACUGCAUUAAUGGAAGGUGGUCCAGAUAGAAAGAUCGUCCUUGAUCAAAGUCCAGGAGUUGAUGAGUUAUACAUUGAAGGAUAUAUCCAAGCCAUGUUGGAUACUGUUUAUAGACAAGAAUACCUGAGAGUCAAAGUCAUUGACAACCAGGUUAUCCUUAAAAAUCUGCCUCCAAAUCAUUCCCUCAUUAAUGAGAUCAUGGAUCGUGUAAAGGAGUUCCUUGUUAACAAGGCGCUGCUCAAGGGAGAUGCUUCAACGACUUCCCGCCCCCUGCGUCAUCGUCGUGGAGAACGUGAAUGGAAAAUUGGGCCAACAGUGAUGACAUUGUUUGAACAUCUGUUUGUUAGCUUCGCAAUUCGCUUGCUGAGAAGGCAGUUUAACAAGGUCAUUUCCAACCUGAAGUGGGCAAAGAAGUCAGAGUCCGACAAUCAGGCGCCCCACUCGCCAAGCUUAAAGGAAAAAGAGCAUAAGGUGAGAUUUAUUCAGAGAUGGAGAAUUACUAAGUUUGUAUUGUCAGGCAUUUUGGCUUAUAUCGAUGGACGUCUUUGUCGCUGUAUUCCGAAUCCUGUAGCCCGCAGAGUUGUUAGCGGCUUUUUACUGAGUUAUAUUGACCAGAACGAUGAUAAAUGAAAUAUUCAUCUGUUUUAAAUUUA